CCCCAGCGCAGAGCGCUUCCCCAAGCUCAGGACUUGGGCGCGUCUAAGACGAUGGUUUCCUAAGCACCGCACCGCGCUCCCCUUCCCGUCCCCUCUGUGGAGACAGGGAUCCUGCUCGGGGCCCCCGGGGCUCCGUUUCCCCGCGGAGCCCCGGACGCCGCCUCCGGGGGCAGUUAGCACGGCCGCAGGGGCGCACGACGAUGUGGCCUCCGUCCAGCGCACGGGCCGGCUGGGGGGAUGCUCUGGCACCUGGUGGGGCCCCGGCCUAGCAUGGCCCGCGCUUUGCCCGACGUCGCCUCCGGCUAGGAUGGCCCCUCCUGGCCCGGCCGGCGCCCUCCCCACCUCUGCAGAGCCACUGUCCCGCAGCAUCUUCCGGAAGUUCUUGCUGAUGCUCUGCUCCCUGCUCACGUCCCUGUACGUCUUCUACUGCCUGGCCGAGCGCUGCCAGACCCUGUCCGGCCCAGUCGUAGGGCUGUCCGGCGGCGGCGAGGAGGCGGGGGCCCCGGGUCGCGGCGUUCUGGCCGGAGGCCCGCGAGAGCUGGCGGUGUGGCAGGCGGCGGCACAGAGAAAGCGCCUCCUGCAACUGCAGCAGUGGCGGAGGCGCCGGCCUCCCGCGUCGCGCGGCGACGGCGAGGAGGCGGCCUGGGAAGAGGAGUCCCCUGGCCUGGCCGGGGGUCCCGGCGGCUCCGGGGCGGGAAGCAGCGUGGCGGAGGCCCCGCCGGGGACCCUGGCGCUGCUCCUGGACGAAGGCAGCAAGCAGCUGCCGCAGGCCAUCAUUAUCGGCGUGAAGAAGGGCGGCACACGGGCGCUGCUGGAGUUCCUGCGCGUGCACCCCGACGUGCGCGCCGUGGGCGCCGAGCCCCACUUCUUCGACCGCAGCUACGACAAGGGCCUCGCCUGGUACCGGGACCUGAUGCCCAGAACCCUGGAUGGGCAGAUCACCAUGGAGAAGACGCCCAGCUACUUCGUCACGCGGGAGGCGCCUGCACGCAUCUCGGCCAUGUCCAAGGACACCAAGCUCAUCGUGGUGGUGCGGGACCCGGUGACCAGGGCCAUCUCGGACUACACGCAGACGCUGUCCAAACGGCCCGACAUUCCCACCUUCGAGAACUUGACGUUCAAAAACAGAACGACGGGCCUUAUAGACACAUCGUGGAGCGCCAUCCAGAUCGGCAUCUAUGCCAAGCACCUGGAGCACUGGCUACACCACUUCCCAAUCCGCCAGAUGCUCUUUGUGAGCGGAGAACGGCUCAUCAGCGACCCGGCCGGCGAGCUGGGCCGCGUGCAGGACUUCCUGGGCCUCAAGAGGAUCAUCACGGACAAGCACUUCUACUUCAACAAGACCAAGGGCUUCCCCUGCCUGAAGAAGGCGGAGGGCAGCAGCCGGCCCCACUGCCUGGGCAAGACCAAGGGCAGGACCCACCCUGAGAUUGACCGCGAGGUGGUGCGCAGGCUGCGCGAGUUCUACCGGCCUUUCAACCUCAAGUUCUACCAGAUGACCGGGCACGACUUCGGCUGGGAUGGAUAACCAUAUAAUUUAAAAAGAAAAAAAAAAAAUCAAAAUAUAAUAUAUUUUUUUACCAAUCGGUAGAGAAGAAGAGGCAGUUUAAUAUUUGUGCUGAAAAUAUGUUUCAGUAUUUUUUUUCAAUGAAUGUUAAGAGAUUGUUCUUACCCCCACCCCAUCUUAAUGUAUAACCAACACCAAACAUUUGGAUCAACAAAAGGAAAACUUCACUGUCUAAAUGCUUUCAAUUUUCAGUUUUUAUUUUAUGUCCUAUAUAUCCAUAAAGUAUAAGUGACAGUCAUCAUUAAAAGUUUUCGGAAAAUCCUGAGGGUAAACAUCUCUCUCUCUCUCUCUUCUUUUAAUACAAGACCCUGAUAAAAUUGAUAUCUAACCUUAUAUUUUUCUGUCCGCUUUCCUGUGCCACUUUUUCUUAAAUUAUUUCCCAGUUAGUAUUAUAUGUUUGUACUCCACAGUUUUCAUAGUACUUUCCAAUACACCUUUUUGAUAGCUUAAAAAAAAAAAAUACUGCUCUGUUAUAUAAGAGCACAGUAAGUGGAGAUUAUUAUACCCUUUUUACAGAAAGGAAAACUGAGUCUCUGGGAGGUGGAAUGAUGUAUCUAAAGGCUAAAUGGUGGGCCCUGGACAAAAUUCCAUCUUCCAUUUGUUCCCGAUUUCAGGCCACUUUUUCCAGGGAAAAUGGGAAAGAAAACAUCUGUACCUUUAGAAAUGGUUAGCUAGUUUUCAGAUGAUCUGAAAAUGGACAGAGAGGGUGUUCCCUUGUUUUCUAAGUCCCAGGCUACCCCAAGUCUCAUUACAAAGCUGUGUUCAAGAAAACCACUCAGACCUGGACACAACCUCUCCUAAGAGCCAAUCUUGCUUCUUGACUUCUUAAAGUACCCUGAGAUAUGGAAAUCUUGACUGAUGGGUGCUUGAUUUAAUUGGAGAGGAAUUGCUGGAUUCAUGCAUUGAGGACAAGGUGGCCAGCCACACUAGGGGUAGCACAAGAUGUGCCAGGAACAUAACUUACCCAUUCGUUGACUUAACUGACUUUUUUAAGAAAGAAAAGCAGACUUCAAUUAGUGCUUGCAAGUAUAAAUCUCAUUCAUUUUUAAAUUUACCUCUUUUUAAAGAAAGAAAACCUGCCUUUUGCAAUAUCUCACUUCUAAUUGCUAGUACUCUAAAAUAAUUAGCCAUUCAUUUACAAUGCUUUUAUUUUUCAUGGAUGGAGGACUAUCACUUUGUCACUUUACUCUGCCCCCACUUCCUAUUUAUACCAUUUAUUAACCUAAUGUUCAUUAAUAUUUGGAAAAAUAUUCUAGAAAAUGCAUUUGUGGGCAAAAUAGUGGCUUUUCCUCUUCUCUCAUCUGUUUCUGCCCAUCCCCCAUUUAAAUCACUCAAAUAAAUCAAUAGUUUAUUAAGAGUAUUCCUUUCCUCUCUGAGUGGGCAUUAACAAGAUUAGCAUUAAUGGGAAUUAAAUUGGUUUAGAGAGGAACACAUAUGCAUGAAAUAUAUAAAACAUUUAUAAUUAGUCUGUCAGCGACAUUUUAUUAGAAGUUUAAAACCAAAAGGAAAAAUGUCUUCUAUUUCAUGGAAGUUUUCUUUAACUGUCAAAAUUCAAAGGAGCAGACACUCUAAAAUAAUAUUCUUGUUCUUCUCUAAUGUUGUCAAUCAAAAGAAACUAAAAUUGUUUUAAAAUAUGCAGUACAAUCGUGCAUUUACCAUAGAUGCUGCACCAGGUGAUGUAAAUAUUUCUUGAGAAGCUUAACAUAGGAUUAAAAUGAAGAAAAACAUCUUUCAAGUGUUAGAUAUUUUGUCAUUUCUCCAAAUCUUUUGAUUUAUCUGUUAAUAUCCCAUUUACAGGAGUUAAGUAAACCCAAAAUCCGGGUCACCUUUUUUCAGUUGAUUUCCUUCAUGUUUAUGCCCUCAAUUUCUCAAUGCCACAGACUGUUUUUAUUCUACUUGAAUCACUGGCUGCAACAAGAUACUCAUUUUAAACGCUUAUCAUCAUUUCUCUUAGCUCAUGUUGUUUGUACAACUGAUUCUUUUGUGUUUGCUUGGCAUUAUGCAAAAGUGGCUUGCACAAAGAAACAAUUGCAUUCUGUGACCUUCACUUUUUUAAUGUGAAAGAAAUAAUAAAAGAACAAAAUUGAAUGCAAAAGAUCUCUUUUUGAACACAGAUAUUUUUGUUCAUAUUAUUUUAAAAAUUAAUGAAUACAGAAAACUCCAGGAAAUCCUUCAAAAUUCUAGGACUUCCUAAGAGUGUUAGAAGUAAUAGGCCCUAGCAAAAUGUAUAAAGAUUAAGAGUCAGUAUUCUCUAGCAGGAAUAUCCAUUCAUUUCUGUCUCUAAGGUACUCAUCCCUGCUGUGCAUAAAUUUGCCUUCACAUUUAUUCUGUCUGUUUAGCUACACCAAAUAGUGGGCUUUGAUCUUGAUUGGAACAUCUGAGUGUCCAUUCUCGAGCUGUCUGCUCCAAAGCCAUGCCUCCCAAUACCCUUCCCUUUUCUUAGAGGUAAUGUGUUGUCUUUCAAGAAGAAUGUCUAGAAAGUAUCUACAGCUUCAUUUUGAGCAGUUUGCUUUCAAGAGCACAUCUACAGUGUAUCCAUUCUCUAGAGAACUUAGUCAUUUCUAGGGCAAUUAAUUUUAUUUCAGUAAAUGGAGAUUAAUAUGCUUCUAGAGAAGGGAUGUUGAUUAUUCUAGAAAUAUUAAUCCCACUCUAAUUUUCUUAUUUUUGAAGGAUCUUCAAAGCUGAAAUCAACCUCAGUGGUCGUUUGGAUCAAAUUCCUGUAUCCUUUUGUUAACUUGUUAUACAGGAGUUUAAAACAUUGAUGCGUCUGUAAAUUCUUAACUCUUGAUAUUACAGUUGAAAAGGGGAUACAUUUCUCCUAAACAGUCUCAUCAUAUUCUGCCAGCUGAGACGUGCUGAGUCCCCUGCUCCCCAUAAAGAUACCUUAAAUUCAAUAUGUGAAUAAAUUCAUCUGUUUAUAAAAUAAUAAUGCCUUAUAUUUAUAUUGCAGACUGCCCUUUCAAAUGCAUUAUUUUACCUUAUACCAACAACAGCAGCUCUCUGCACUCAUUAGUUUCAUUUUAUAGAUGUUUCACUCAGUUUCACUAAGGCUUAAGACAAUACUUCUCAACAAAAGGUGAUUUUGCACCCCAGGGCAAAGCAUGGAGAUAUUUUUGGUUGUCUCAAGCGUGGAGGAGUGCUACUAGCAUCCUGGGUAGAGGCCAGGGGUGCUGCUAAACAUUCUGAUAUGCACAGGAAAGUCUCUAUAACCAAAAAUGAUCUCAACAAAAAUGUCAGUCAUGCUGCAGUUCCUGGCUUAAGAAGUGUAUCCGUCACAACUAGUGUGUGCCUCAGGUCUAAAAGCCAGAUUCUAAUUAAUGCUGGACUGAUAAUUCUUUCAGUCACCAUACUAGUUUUUCUCUUGAAAAUGUUUCUUUUUUCUCUUCUUGUCUAUUAUUUUCUACUCUCUUCUUUUCUUUCUCCCUUCCUUCCUUCUCUUUCUUUCCCUCCUCCCUUCCUUCCUUCCUUCCUUCCUUCCUUCCUUUCUUUCUUUCUUUCUUUCUUUCUUUCUUUCUUUCUUUCUUUCUUUCUUUUUUUUUCUUUCUUUCUUUCCUUCCAAUAAGCAGAUUAAUGUUUACUGUUGUGCUUUGCUGGAAAAACUGCUAAAGGGAACCAAACUGGGUUUUUAUAAUAAAGAUACAGGAGCAGCUUGUAACAAAUGGAUAAUUGCAAUUGUAAGAAAUGGAAUCAGUCAGCUUCAGGUGGAAAAUAACAUUCCAAUAAAAUAUUUCUAAAUGCUCUUUCAAGUUCAAGUCUUGCAGUUUCUAGUUGCUUCCACCACUGUAUUUCUUGUCACCUGACAAAACCAAAGUGCCUAGAGAGAGAAGUAAAUGUCUCCAUUUCUGUUAAACAGCUAAAUUCAGAUGGAUGUGCUAUGAUUACAGAUAGCCUCGAGUUGCUGAAUAAUAGCAAAGGAAAGCAAAUUCCCAUUGCCUCAUAUCCUAGAAUCCCCAGAACUUUGUGCAUAAUUUCGAUAGAAUCAGAGAACUGAAGAACAUAGGCUUUUCAAACACAGGAAAAGUGUUGCUGCGAUUCAUUCCAAUAUAAGCCUUUGUAUAGGGAAAAAAAGGCCCGACUUAUGUUCCUACUGUAUCCUGUCAUCAUUGAAGAAGGGUGGAAUUUUAAAAACCCAAACCUCAAGCCCUGCUGAUGAAACAUCAAUUUUCUUGCAGAAUUUGUGGCCCUUGAAAUAUCUUCAUCAACAUGCAAGCAGAUUUGCACUGAGAUUCAAUUUUACAGAAGAAGAAGAUAGAUAGGAAAUUUAUAAAUUUGUUUAUUACAUAAUGAAAUGUUGAAAUGGCAGGCCUUCCUUUAAAAGCUUGAAAAAGGAUGAAUUUGGGGAAAUUAUGAGGCAGUGCAAUAUCACACACAAAGUCAUAAAAUAAUAAAUUUUAGUUAUGCUGGGAGAAAAUAAAACCGAAAAUAGAAAUUGCUUCUAAUAUAUGGUUCCAUUGUGGGAUAUUAGAAAAUGUUAGUAUGUUUCAGGCUAUAGCCCAAAUUUUUUAGUUUAAUUUCCAACUGUUGGUUGUGUUCUUUUAAUGGCAGUAUGUGCAACAACUUACUCUUUUCUAGUUUUACUGUGAAAAUAAAAGGCAACACUAAAUGUGGAACACA